CCCUUGGAGCCAUACAUGUAGCGGGGCGGAAGUGGGUUAUUUAUAUCAUUCUAACUCAUUCUAUCGCUGCUGGCAGAUCAGGAAACGGCGAUGUCACCAUGUGGGUCUUCAUAGUCGCUGGCAUAUUAGCGUUUGCAGGAAACGCUGCAGACGCCUCUUGUCCAGUUGUGAUGAAGCCGUCUGCUGUCGUGGUGAAAUAUGAAGGCGACUUCACCGUCAACUGCUUGUCAUUAGAUAAAACGACGGAAGGAAUGUGUUGGGAAUCGUCAUACGGUGUCACAGAGUUCAUGGAGCAUGCUGCUAAUGUUACCCUACAAAUUAAGUCUGUCAUAGACUGGACGUUAUCGCUGACCUGCUACCUCAAACCGGCCAACAGCAGCCAUUGUUCUCUUAAGCUACCAGUCACUGUUUACAAAACGAUAGACAGCGUGUCUAUCAGCAUGUCCCAGUCCAGCCCGAUGGUGGAGGGCAACAUCUACACCGCGCGAUGCGACAUCACCUCCGUGGCUCCUGCUAGGAACCUCACCGUGUCCUGGCACAAAGGCAACAAGCUUCUACAGGCGCAGCCCAUUCUGGAGUCCAAUCCACGUCCAGUCAACAAGUCCAUGAUCAUGAAUGUGACCGUGGACAGAAACGAUGAUGGAGCUCAGAUCUGGUGCGAAGCGAAGCUGACGUUUCCACAAGUGGGGCUUUAUCUCCCCGCUGUGAAAUCAGGGUCACGGAUACUGAGUGUGGAGUACCCACCGACCUUCACUCACCCUGAAAAUGAGACGGUGGAAGUUGCAGCUCACAGUAAGCUUCGUUUGAACUGCGCUGCUGAAGGGAAGCCGCCGCCAGAAUACACGUGGCAGAACCUUCAGACGGGCCAAAAUCUGAACGGGAACGGGUCCACUUUGGCCCCGUCCUUCCACCUACCGGGGACCUACAGCUGCACGGCGUCCAACGUCCAUGGCACCAGAACCAAGUACUUCACCAUCAAGGAAACCGCAGGGAAUCACCCGAUGAUACUUGUAACCGUCGUUGUGGUCCUUGUGUUGCUGGGGAUCCGUCUCGCCGCCUGCAUUGUUUACCAGAGAGGUCGCUACAAACCCAUGCCCUCCGUCCUGGCUACAAGGCGCAUUCAGCUGUGGGCGUUUCAUUUACAAUGCAUUUGUAAGGCGGGUCGAAACACAUCUGGUCCCGUCGACACAGAAAAGCGCUGCUCCUUUAACUGCGCUCGCUGCCGACGUCCACGUUCUGCGGCCACAGCGCCACUUUCACCAGUUGAACAAGUUGAGGCUCCCAUCGAGGCGUGGCUGCGGCUGGUUUUCACUUUCGUUUACCUGUGUGAUAACGAUCACACAGAACGAAGGAGGACGCAGCAGCGGCACCGAGGGCGGAAAACGACGCUCGGACGACUUUGGACGUUCACUGCCUCAUUCAAUUGCUGCUGCUCACGAAACGGCGAGGUCGCCAUGUGGCUCUUCAUGGUCGCUGGCUUAUUGGCGUGUGCAGGAAACGCUGCAACCUCUUGUCCACUUGUGAUGAAGCCGUCUGCUGUCGUGGUGGAAUAUGAAGGCGACUUCACCGUUGACUGCUUGUCAUUAGAUAAGACGAUAGAAGGAAUGGGUUGGGAAUCGUCAGCCGGAGGCACAGACCUCUUGCAGAACGUUGAUAAUGUUACCUUACAAAUAAAGUCUGUCGUAGACUGGACGUUAGCGCCAAAGUGCUACACAAAUCUAGCUGACGGCAGUCAGUGUUUAGUUGAGCUCCCAGUCACUGUUUACAAAAUGAUGGACAGCGUGUCUUUCAGCAUGUCCCAGUCCAGCCCGAUGGUGGAGGGCAACAUCUACACCGCGCGAUGCGACAUCACCAACGUGGCUCCUGCUAGGAACCUCACCGUGUCCUGGCACAAAGGCAACAAGCUUCUACAGGCGCAGCCCAUUCUGGAGUCCAAUCCACGUCCAGUCAACAAGUCCAUGAUCAUGAAUGUGACCGUGGACAGAAACGAUGAUGGAGCUCAGAUCUGGUGCGAAGCGAAGCUGACGUUUCCACAAGUGGGGCUUUAUCUCCCCGCUCUGAAAUCAGGGUCACGGAUACUGAGCGUGGAGUACCCACCGACCUUCACUCACCCUGAAAAUGAGACGGUGGAAGUUGCAGCUCACAGUAAGCUUCGUUUGAACUGCGCUGCUGAAGGGAAGCCGCCGCCAGAAUACACGUGGCAGAACCUUCAGACGGGCCAGAAUCUGAACGGGAACGGGUCCACUUUGGCCCCGUCCUUCCACCUACCGGGGACCUACAGCUGCACGGCGUCCAACGUCCAUGGCACUAGAACCAAGUACUUCACCAUCAAGGAAACCGCAGGGAACCCGACGACGCUCGUGGCCAUCGUGGUGGUCGCCGGUUUGCUGGGGCUCGCUCUCCUCGCCGCCGGGCCCUUCAUCGUGACGCCGAGCGGCACGUUCUCCCUCAGCAAAGGCGGCUACCAGCCGACGGCCUCCGGCCCCCUUAGUUGGGAAUUUCCGGCGCGUUAUUGCGUAACAAGCUUCCAGCUUGGAGGUGGCGGUGGUUCCACUGGGUGUAAUGGUGGCGAUGGCGGCCGCUUGCUCUGUGUCUCAGCGUCAGGUGAAGGCUGCUCGCUCAUCCUCAAGCCCUCCCGGGUAGUGGUGGCCUUCGGGGAGCCGGUGUCGGUCAGCUGCGAAGCCGCCCGUCCGGUGCGCGUGCUGGGCUGGGAGUCGGCCAUCAGCGCCGCUCACACGCAGCAGGAGCUGUCGGUCCAGUGGAAGGUGGACAGUCUGAUCGACUGGAUAGAGGAGCCCAUCUGCUAUGGGGUCUUCUUCACGGCCCCCAGGCAGUGUGAGGAGAAACUCAACCUCGUCCUCUACAAAACUCCGGACAGCAUCUCCAUCAGGCCCGUGAACCACACUGGGCCCAUGGUGGAAGGCAAAGAGUACCAGCUGCUCUGCGAGGUCCAGAACAUUGCUCCGGUUCAGUACCUCACUCUGCGGUGGUAUCGAGGGCAGGCUGAGGUUUAUAAGCACUCCUUCUCUGACCUGACAUCGUCCUCGCCGGUCCAAGUCUCCUCUACGCUCAUCGUCACACCAACCAAAGCUGAGAAUGGGGCACAGUACAGGUGCAUAGCAGAGCUGGACCUCGGCCCGGAGGGACCUCAACCACUUCCUACCUUGGCCUCGGAGCCUCUUAAUGCCUCCGUGUACUUUCCGCCAAUGUUCUUGAGUCCUGAGCCAGAGGUCUUGGACCUCGUCGCGGGUGCUGAGAUCACGUUAAACUGCACUGCCACAGGGAACCCCACGCCUGUGUACAGCUGGCUAUCAUCCCACCCCGUGCAGGAGAGGAUAGAGGAUGAGGCUGUUCUUACCUCCUCCACGCUGCUCCCAGGGACCUACACCUGCGUUGCCUCCAAUAAAUUGGAAAAGAAAAGCAAACAGUUCAUAGUCAAGGCCAAGAGCAAAGGUUUCUGACAUGGUUUUGAGACGAGCCCAUGUGAUGAGACUGGACAUAUGAGAAGUGAGAAAAGGGGAUUUUUGCUGUUGCCGCUUUGCAGACGGAGAUGACGGUGCAUAAGCAGAUAUUUAUGAAGAUCCUGCUUCUGUCCAGAAUUAGCUCUCCUAAAGAAAAAGGCCUGAAUAUAUUUUCAUGUGACAGUUGUCUCUUAAUUUUUCAGAAUAUUAACAUAAACCAUUAUGUUCUUGGAAUAUAGUUCACUUCCUGUGCUUUAUAUGUGAUCUUUUAUCUAAUUUAUGUUUUUACUAGACUCAACCUCUUGUAAAAUCCUGUGAAAAAAGACCUUUGUAACAUUGUAAAUGUGUAACACACUAAAUUUUAUAAUACAAUAUUUACUAGCACUUUUAUAGUGUAACUUUAAUACAGAAUGUCAUUAAUGUAAAUAUUAAACACUUCCUAAUGUUCUUUUCUUUAUAAAUUAAAUUUUAAACAUUGAUACAUACUUGGUUAAUGAUAUGUUACUAAUUAUAAUUUAUUUAUUUGUCUAGUAGUGAAAUGUUCCUGCUCCUGGGACCAUCAUAUUAAAUGUCUUAAUGUAACACAUUAAUAAACCUUGUCACCUUUCUGCACUGAAUUGAGUUUGACUGUAUAGCUGUACCUAAUAAAGUGGCCAGUGUGUGCA